AUGUUUGCAAUUCAAAGUGAAAAGAUGAGUUGGAAGAAAAUCUUUACAAUAACUUCUAGCUGCUUAUACAUAUUUUUUUUGGGAUUAUUCCUAUUUUAUAACUACCGAAUUGACAUUCUUUGUGGACAAAGGAAUCCAUGCUUACGAUUUUGUUCAACAGAUACUGCAAAAUAUUCAGAUAAAGAUUUAUUUGAUAGUUUAUUGAAAAACAACAUAACUCUUUGGUAUCAAAAUAAAUUUGAGGAUGUGAAAAUUUAUCGAGGACUUCCUGAAUGUAGUGGAAAAAUUAUAAACAUUAAGAAGUUUGAAGAAAGUCAUCCAAUUGAUAGUAACUUGAAGUAUUAUUUUUAUACUUCAAAGCAUAGAAUUUAUAUGGAUGGCGAUUUAGGUGGAACUGGAAAAUACUACACUUUAAACAAAUACUGCAUGGAAAAGAAUGAAAAUGUUGAUAACAAUCUUAUAGCAGAAGAUCCUUUACACGAGUGGAUGCCGAUGAUUUGUUCAAAUGAACCAUCAAUUCAGAAGCCAGUUCUCGUGACACUAACUGUUUUGUCAAUAAUCGUCUUGGCAUCAACACUUUCGGUUUACUUGUAUUUUCCUGACCUUCGUGAAUUCAAUGGAAAAAUGAUCAUUUGCUUUCUGAUAUCGAUGAUUUGCACGUAUUUAAUCAUUCCUGGAAUUAUCCAAAAAGAGCAAUAUUCACCAAACUUAAUGGUUUUGUUGCUAGCAUUUGGAUUUUCAUCAGGAAAUUUAUGGCUUAAUUCUAUGCUGUUAAAUAUUUACUUUAGAUGCAGAGAUUUCAAGAAAACAAAGACUAGAGAUGACAGAUUCAAGUCUUUUGCAAUUUAUGUGUCUGUUUUCACUGCAUUUACUGUGCUGUUUGUCCUUUUUGAAAUGCGAUCUUACAGACGGAAAUCUUUUGGAACAUUCACUUCGUUGGUGCAUUUAUACUUAAUCUUUAAUGACAUAAUAAUCAUAAUCAUCACAGCAUUUAUAAUCAGAAAGAUUUCAAGGCAAAUAGACUUCUCUGAGCGAGUUCAACUCGAAAAAGAGAAGAAAAUCUUUUAUAUUUAUGUGAAGCUAUUUGCAAUCAUGUCCGUGACCUGGUCAAUUCAGCUGUAUGUUACAUCAUCCGAAUUAAAUCAUUUUGGAUGUUUGACAUCAACUUUGAUAAUGCUUUUCUCAGCCGUCAAUGUGUCUGAACUGUUUUUGGGAAGGAAGAAAGUCAGAGAAUUGUUAUCACGAAAAUAUUAUGGAGAAACUAGAGAGUCUGUAGAGAAUAAUUGA